AUGUCAUCCCAAUACUCUGCUGCUUUCUCUCGUGCCAUGUCCCCCACCCUGGACGCACUCACCCAGGCCGUCGUCAACAACACCGUCUUCGGCGUCAACGAUGAAGCAGGCCGCCAUAACGCUCUGAUCGACGAGCUGGCCACUGUGGUCAUCAAAAAAAUAGCUGAGUGCCGCUCCGUUGACCAAGUCAUAGACUGCGUCUUUUUUGACUAUCGUGCUGCCCUUAGGGAGUUUCUCCUCAACCUCGCAUCGUGGUGCGAUAAGAGGGAAACAGUCAAGGCUAGCCUCGAGCGCCUUGAAUCUGCCGUUAGCGCAGGCAACACACCCAAUCGCCUUAAGGUGAAGGCACCCGAGUUCCAACUUACGAAGGAAUUCGCGGAUGCCGGGUCAGCGGAGGCUCUUCGAGUCUCCACUACGUUCUCUACCGCUCGUGACGCCUUCCAAAAGGCAAUUAACGACGGCGCCGUUCAGGCGAAAAAGGACGAGCUGGCUUUUUGGGAUGAUAAAUGCGCGCUCAACUCUUGCUACGAAGCUGCUGCCCUCAUCGUUAAGGCAACUUACGAUGAUCGCAAAUCCAGCUACAAGCUCCCUGUUUUCUCUACAGACAACAAGGGAGUUCGACGUAUAGCAGAGUGGGUAGUGUCUCCGCAAAAGAAAGCCGAAUGCAGUGCGCUGCAAACUAUACUGCCGGCGAUCUUUUCUCAUAUCAAACAGAUUGUCAACAUGCGCCACCGCGCCUUGGCAAUUAAGAUUGAGAAAAAGCGGAUGACUGCGGCAACAGCCGAUGUCGAGAUGGCCGACGCGACCAAACCAGAAGCUCAACCUUGGAUCUGUGGGCAAGAAGGCAAACUUUGUCUGGCCAGAAUUCGUCCAAGGCUCCUCAACCUCAGGGCCAGGAAAGCUGGCCCUUCGAAACCCAAGUCGUCGUCGACGCCUUCGCAACGCAAGCCUCAAACCAAGGCUUCCAACAAGGUCGACAACAAGAAGAAAGGGAAGGGGAGAGCUCCCGUCAAGAACAACGAUCCAAAGGGAAAGGGAAAGGCAAGAGCCUAG